UGAUUUGUGUCAGCCCAAUGCCAUAAUAAUGCACUUAACAGACAUCCAUUUCAGUCCUAGCUUGUUCCUAGGCUAUCUCCAUUUGGCCAGCAUAGACGUCAUCCCUGGAUGCUAAAAUAACGUGAUAGGACUGCUGUAACUCACAGGACGUUAACUGCCUGCAAUCAAAUUCUGGAAUCAAAACCCAUGAAAUUUCUAAGUUAUUUACUCCUUGCUCAGCUUUAACACUGCUAGUGCUUUGGAGCCUUCUGGCUUAGCUGUUUUCUCCACUGAGAAAUUAAAAACGAACAGCCUUAGAGUGUUGAAAAAGGGGCAAUAUCUAUUUACUUAAAUGUUGUCUUCCCAUCAGGUUUGCCAGUAUUCUGUAGUUUGAUCAUGAACUUCCAGAUGCUAUAAAAAUUUUACAAAUUUUCUGAAUACAAGAAUGCUUUGAUUUCUGCACUUUGAUUGUGGAGGAGGUAGAGAUUUCUUUAAGAGAACUUGGAAGAAUCUCACUGACAGAAUGUCACUUCAAGUCUUUGAGCAUUAUCUACAAUAGGAAGGAGUGGGGAACAAAACUUCUGCAGAAGCUGAAGAAGAUUGUCACUCCGAUUUGGUAAGAACCGAUGACAAUGAAAGAUCCGGUGAAGCAAAUCUUCAGGCAGAGCUCCAGAUGUUCAGAGCUCAGUGGAUGUUUGAGCUUGCCCCAGGUGUGAGUUCUAGCGGGUUGGAACCUCUGCACAGCAGAGCAUCUUCAAGAGGACCUGGAGUAAAGUCUGUAGAUGCCAGAGGGAAACAGGAGAUAGCAAAAGAGGAAAAGGCAAAAGAGCUUUUCCUGAAGGCAGUGGAAGAAGAACAAAAUGGGGCCCUUUAUGAAGCCAUCAAGUUUUAUCGUCUAGCCAUGCAGCUUGUACCUGACAUAGAGUUUAAGAUCACCUAUACACGGUCCCCAGAUGGUGAUGGAGUUGGAAAGAGGUGUGUUGAGGAUAACAAAGAGGAUGACAAAAUGGCUGAUCUCCUGACGGAUUUCCAGCAGCAGUUAACUCUUCAGGAAUCUUCAGUCAAACUUUGUCAGCCUGAGGUUGAUGUCAGUCAAACCCAUAUCUCAGUGUUGCCUAUGGAAGUACUAAUGUACAUUUUCCGAUGGGUAGUUUCGAGUGACUUGGACCUCAGAUCCUUAGAGCAAUUAUCUCUUGUUUGUCGAGGAUUUUACAUUUGCGCCAGAGAUCCUGAAAUCUGGCAUCAAGUCUGUUUGAAAAUAUGGGGCAGGAGCUGCAAUAAACUUGUUCCAUAUUCCUCUUGGAGGGAAAUGUUUUUGGAAAGGCCUCGCGUUCGAUUUGAUGGUGUAUAUAUCAGCAAGACAAAAUACAUACGUCAAGGAGAACAAUCUCUUGAUGGUUUCUAUAGAGCGUGGCACCAAGUGGAAUAUUACAGGUAUUUGAGAUUCUUUCCAGAUGGUCAAGUUAUGAUGCUAACAACUCCUGAAGAUCCUCAAUCUAUAGUUCCUCGCUUACGGACUAAAAAUACAAGAACGGAUGCAAUCUUGCUUGGCCAUUAUCGCCUUUCCCAAGAAACAGACAAUCAAACCAAAGUAUUUGCUGUAAUAAUGAAGAAAAAGGAGGAGAAACCAGUUGACUACCACAAAUACAGGUAUUUCCGCCGUGUUCCUGCACAAGAAACAGAUCACAGUUUUCAUGUAGGACUACAGUUGUGCUCCAGUGGGCGCCAGAGAUUCAACAAACUUGUCUGGAUACAUCAUUCUUGUCACAUAACUUACAAAUCGACUGGUGAGACAGCUAUUACUACUUUCGACAUUGACAAAAUGUACACCCCUUUGUUCUUUGCACGAGUGAAGAGUUUUACUGCAUUUUCAGAAAAGCCGCUCUAAGAAACACCUUUUCGUCUCACAGCUCUUGCAUGAAUAAAAGGUUGUAGCUAAUGAGCACUUAAGUUAUAAAUGUGUAUAUAUUUGGAAUGUUUUAAAAUUCUGGAGAAUUUUUUGAAGGCAGUAUGUUCUAUUUGAUCAUGAAUGGCUGGGGUUUUGUUUUGAGGUCAAGCUUAUGAGUAUUAAACACCUUUACUUUGUGACAAGAAUUUGAUAACAAAGUUUUGUUGUUUGUUUUGGGUUUGGUGUGGUUUUUUUUUUUUAAAACAGAUUU